CAACAACAACAACAGCAACAACCUGCGACAGCGGUAAGCCUGGAGAAUAGUCAGGGUCUGCCAAAUCAAGUUCUCUAUGUUUGCGGUAACUGUGGAAAUGAGCAGGAGUUGAAGCUAAUGGCAGAUGCUAUCAAGUGCAAUCGAUGUGGGCAUCGUAUCCUCUACAAGAAGCGUCAACGCCGUGUGAUGAUAUUCGAUGCUCGAUGA